UCACUUCAACUAGUAGUACUGCUGUGGCCCACUGCCGCUCAGCCUGGCAAACCGGCUGCCAUCCUGUUGCCUUCUUGUCAGUGUGAUUGCUGUCCAGUAAUUGGUUGGUCUUGCAAAGCUCAAGGUGAGAAGGAGCACGCAUGCAGCUGUCAAUAUUUCUGCCACAAGAUCAGUAUAAUGGCUCAACAACUUACCUGCCGCUAAUGCUCUGCCGGACAUUUGAGCAAAGUACGUGGUAAACAGGAUCUACUUGGUCACCGGCGACCUUGUGAGGUUGUGUAUUUCGUCCUACGACUUGAAAAGCAGAGUUUGUACUCUAUGCUGUCGAAGUGCUCUGGUGCGGUGUCGUGCGUGCGUGUUGGAAGAGGUGAAGCAUUGGCCACAUGCGCACAGUGUAAGGCCGUGCAUGAUCACCCUAUGCAGCUAGGUGGUUCAUCAGUAGGAUAUCUCACCGUCAGCAAUCUACAAGUACUUGAGUACCGUUUGCAGUGCAUAGUGGUAUUCAGUGGUGCAACAAGGUGCUGGUCUGAUUCGGCUUGGCACAGCACUGCCCGCGCUGUUUAGGCGUACCUACCGUGCUGUGUUUGUUUGGAGGUGUGGGCCCAACUGAGCCGGCCGGGAACGACUGGAGACAUGUUUGGCAGCAGAAAACAUGGACGAUUGCCACGUGUUGGAACACAGCUCAGUCUGCUCUGCACAUUGGUAUACUCAGUGGCAAUUACAAGCACUAGUGUUGAUGCAGCACACACCCACAUAUCGCCGUUAGACGACCCCAUAACCAGCGAUGGCGGUGUGGACGAGAUGGCUCGAGCCUGGCCGUCAUCCAGCAGAACCCUUACAGCUGAAUUUUGGAAUGAGACGCGCCAGCUUGAACUGCCCAUGUAUCGGCCACACAAAUUGAAGAGCAAACCCUACAACAGACUGGCACUUUGCACACAGAAUUACGGAAAGAGAGAUCACUGCCUUGACCACAAUGAGUAUGAUUCCACGCAUCACAACGGUGAUCAAAACGUGUGCAAACUACGUGAUCGCCACCAGUGCGUAAGUGGCUUUCAGAGACAUUCGACCGACGACUCGGUGCAUUAUGCUGGCGACGUUGAAGUGAUAGUGCUGCUGCCGCUGCAUCGCAAGGGUACCUCAGUGAUAUGUGGUGUCGUGUGCAAGGAUCUAGAUGGCAUUCAUGCACUUAUGAAACUCGAACUGGUCCGCUUUGCCGUUCAGCUGAUGAACAAGCUGAACGUGUUUGGCGUUUGGUCGUUUGGUGCUGAAGUGCUGGACAGCUGUGCAAAUGUCGAUCACAUCCAAUCCCAGCUACUCACAUAUGGAAAGGUAUCCGAUAUCGCCCCAUGUCCUGAUGCGGCCAUUGCAGGUGAGUGCCUCAAGAAAGUGCAGCAGAACAUCAGCGCAACCUGCUUCCCUGCCGCGGCGCAGCCCAGUUGCUCAGGGAGUUGCCAACGCAGGGGCGUGCGGAGCCUGGUGAUCGGACCGGCGCACAACCACUUGUGUCGCAACACUGCUCCGUUCGCCAGCCAAUACGCUCUGACACAGGUGAGCUAUGGCGCCACGCUACCCGACUUGUCAAAGAGUGCCGAGUUUCCUGACUUCUUCCGUACGGUGCCAUCGGAUCUUCUCCUGACCAAGGCUAUUACCGACAUUCUUCUGCAGUUAGACAUAUUGCAUGUCUCUCUUCUCGUCGAGGACGACUCAUUUGGUCAAAAGCUGAAGCGAGAGUUUGAGAAGUACUAUAAUGGCUGCAUAGCCAGGACAACGUUCUUCGGUGAAAGUCGAACGGACGACUUGGAAAGAACACUGCGUCUUUUCAAUGAAACUAGCAUGAGAGUUGCAUCAGUCAUCCUAGGCGGCAGCCAUGCCUCAAGGCAAGCAUUCGACCGUGCUGCAGAACUGCAAACGGGCCAUGAGCAGCUAUUCUUUGCCAGUCACGUCGGAAAUGUCCAUCCGAAACUCUGGGCCAAUCUCAGCAUCAUCACUUUCCAGCCCGUGCCGCGCAGCGAGACCUUCACUCAGCGCGAGUGGAGCAACAUUAAAGCUCAGAUCACGCGUAGCGUCACGUCGUUCAAGUUUGCUGACACUGACGCUGAAGCACACUACAUUGUGAAGAAGAUCAUUGAGCAGCUGCAAAACCAAACAGCUGAAGAAUGCCAGGCGGCUGCAGGAGAUGGAGGCGAUAGUCCUGAUUAUGGAUCAGGUGGUACUGACUAUACAUCGCGAUUCUGUGGCAAUCUUGAGCAGCAAAGCAGUUCCUGCAUGUCGUCUCGCUUCACUGCCCUGGUGCAGUCAUUUUUCAACCACUAUGACGCGGAGAACGAGCUGAAGCGGAUUAUGCACACCAUGAUGACAUCCGGCGAUGCAAUGCGCAGGGUGCUGAAACGUCUUUCAUCGCGCUGUCACAAUUAUGUCAAGCGAAAGAGAGUCAGCAUCCAGAAAGCCAAAAAUGAGACCCAACCUGGAGAUGAUAACUCAGAAUGUGCGGAUGCCAUAAAGAAAGAGGAAACUGAUCUAGAAAACCAUUGGUGUCACAUCUUCCCAAAGUUGCUCCACAAACGAGAAGGCUACUUUACCGAGCCCGGAAAAGAACCUCCCCUGCUGAAAAAGCUCUACUGCAAUCUGAGGUACGAUAAUUUGACCGUGGAAAUGGAACACCUCAACCUGCGGGGCGAUGACCUCAGCCAGGCGGCAUAUGAUGUCAUAGGUAUCGGGUCUCUUGCUGAGAGGCAGGACGUUACCUGGACUACAAUUGGACACUGGGAAAAUGGAGCCCAGGACGUGUUCGGUACAAGCACAUUGCACCACCACCACCAUCAUGACAAGCACUUGCUCAAGCACCUCGUCCAGCGCUUUCACCAGUCAUGCAACCCUGGCUUCUGCCAGCCUGGCACUACACAGAGGAACAUUGAGAGCAUGACCAAGUGCUGCUUCCUGUGCGCGCCGUGCAACAACUCGGCCGUAUCGACAGUCGGCAAUGCGACCGAAUGCGUCAAGUGUCCGUACUGUCACUCGCCCAACCGGGAGGUUGGAGGCUCGGCGUGCAACCCGAUACCGGUCACGAAAUCCACGUGGGAUCAAGGCUGGGCUAUUGCAAUGGUGUCUCUUGCUGUGCUGGUGUGCGGUGCUAUUGUCUUCGCCAUCAUCUGGAGCCUGCACCAAGUGGAAAAGCAGCACAAGGCGAAGAGGGGAACGUCAUUGCGGCGCCUAACCAGCACCAGCUCCAGCAUCACCAUGACAAGCACAGACUCGGUCAGUGCCAAACCGGGCAAGUCACGCUACGUCCUCUUGGGCCUCCUGCUCGUCGGCUGUCUGCUGGUUAUCCUGCUGCCAUGGUCACCCAGCAAGGGCCUGUGCCAGGUCCAGCAGCUGCUGAUUCCGUUCCUCACACCCCUAACAUGCGCUGGUAUGAUGCUAUCGCUGAUCAAUCGCCAUCGUGUGGCCUUCAUCUCCGAGUUGAUGCGCUGGAAGAGAGAAGAUGCAGUGUCGGCUGGUCAGCACUACAUGGAGAAUAACUUACAGUACGCCACCAUUGCCGCUGCCUCCAUUCUCCUUGGCACCAUUGUCUUGGUAACCGCCACCACCUCUGAUAACGUUGUUGACAACUGCUAUGAUCGUGUGCGUCACAUGCAGUGUAGUGUGUCGGUUGUUGGCUCUGCGCUUUACUUCUCGCUGUCGUGGAUCAUGUGGGCCGUGCUCUUUGCCUACGCUCUCUACUCAUUCGUGACCGCCGAGAACGCCGGUGUGAUCUUCUCCCGUCCGUCUUCGAUAGCCUGGGCGUCGCUUGGCCUGCUGUUCCUGUGGACGCUGCUGUUGCCGUCGCGCUUCGUCUUGCCCCGCGUCAACCCCGUUACGCUGAUCGCUCUCGUCAACAACCUGCACACGUGCAUCACCCUGGCCAUCACGUGCCUGGCUGAUAUCCGCGUGGUGCGUCGUCGCCAGCGCAUUGCCCCGCCGUCGUUCAGCACCAACUCCCAGAGCAACAUGGAGCAGAACAGUGCAUCGGGUGGCGCAGCCGGCAAGAACGGUGGGGCGCACAGCAGUGGAGCGGCGUACCUGCACACGCACUCGCAGUCCACCAAUAUCCUCGUCUCGCCGGUGUCGCCGGGCCAGCAGGAUAACAAGGGCGACACGCCAACCACCACCACUUCCACGUCGACCAAGAUCCUCUUCACGUUUGAUAAACCUGUUGCGACGGUGGAGUACACCACCGGGGAAGUCAGCGCUAGUACCGUUGACAAGUCGGUCGUCACUGUCGAGGAAGUCAGCACCGGCUCUGACCUGAAACGGCCCGUGUCUUCUCUGUCGCGGAACGCAAGUGUCCUUAACCCGACUCCACCGCCAUUCGAUGACAGCCUGGCCAUCACGCACAUCAGUAUGUUCAACACGAGCAAGGCUGCACCGCUCUCGCCUCCACCUGACGAAAAGGCCACUGCUCUCUGAGUGCAUGUGUGACAGUCACGGUCGGCCCGACUGCUUCUUUUUAUGUCUAUUUCUCUUUUUUUCUCCCAAUUACACCUACUGUAUGUGGACAUGCAAUGCUUGGCAGCAAAUCUCUAGUCUGGCGUUUGUUUUCGUCUUGCACUCCCGGCGAACGCAAGCCUACCACCUCUGUACCUCAUUGCCUUUCCCAGGACAUGCUCGACUAUACACAGCCAGAUACACUGCACUGCCGGUCGUGCAUCUACUAUAAUAUCAUUGUUGAUACACGACAUGGCACACCCUGCCGAUUUACAUGUUGCUGAAUGCUACAGGGUUGUAUUUCAUUUGCCGUUUCGUUCUGGAUUACCAGUAGAUUUGUAUAAGUGUCUGCAUUGUCUAUGCAGCCUCCGUUACAGGCAAAAUAAACACAAUGAAUAUUUUCUGCAUUGUGCACCCUUGUACAUUGUCUGCUAGCAUCUUUUGGCCAUAGCUCUCCCUAUGACAAAGGUAUUGUAUGACGUA